ACCUUUAACUACUUUUCAUGAGUAAAAUAGUAAAAAAAAAGUAAAAGCAGAUUUGGAUGCUGAGGUUAAGGUUAGGGUCGGUUUAGAUGGAGCACAGCUGCCUCUACAUGCAAAAGAGCAGGAAAAUACCCCACAAAGACAGGAAUACAGAGUUCAUUGUGUAUGUGAUUGAGACAGACACACAGAGAGAGCAGCGUCAGCUAUUGUUCCUGAGAGUCUCUCUCAUCCGGUGCUGCGUGCAGCUCUGUCUGAAUGUCUGUGUGGCAGUCGGUGGAGUUACACUGAGGCACAGUCAGACAUAUGAAGUCCCCCUCCAGCACGGCCAGCAUGGGCACUCAGAGAAAAGACAGUUUCCUCUGGGGAAAAGCCCCGGAAGGUUUCAGUCAGACGGAAAAGAAGCCAACUGAAGGUAUCAGGGUCCACAAGAAUGACAUUCUAGAUGAUAUCCAGAAACUCAGAUUGGACAUUGAAAAUGUGCUGACUGAAAUCCACACCAUGGAGUCCAACCAGGAGAAUAAGAACGUUGUGAGGGCGAAGAGGUUCCUGUGCGGGAAGAAGAAAUUUAACAUGGACCCAGUGAAGGGCAUCCAGUACCUGCAGAAUAAUGACCUGCUGGACAAUACUCCAGAAGCAGUGGCGGAGUUUCUGUACAAGGAAGAAGGCCUUGGCAAAACAGCUAUUGGCAACUUCCUUGGGGAAAGGGAGGAAUUCCACCUUCAGAUACUGAAAGCGUUUGUAGAUCUCCAUGAGUUUUCAGACCUGAACUUGGUUCAGGCUUUACGGCAGUUCCUGUGGAGUUUCCGGCUUCCUGGAGAGGCUCAAAAAAUCGACCGCAUGAUGGAAGCUUUUGCUCAGCGAUACUGCACCUGCAACGCGGGGGUCUUUCAGUCCACAGACACUUGUUACAUUCUGUCCUUUGCCAUCAUCAUGCUGAACACCAGCUUGCACAAUCCGAAUGUAAAGGACAAGCCAACGCUGGAGCGCUUCAUCAGCAUGAACCGAAGCAUCAACAACGGCGGGGACCUUCCGAGUGACCUCCUCAUGAAACUGUACGAGAGCAUUAAGAACGAGCCGUUUAAAAUUCCAGAGGAUGAUGGGAAUGAUCUCACUCACACCUUCUUCAAUCCUGACCGUGAGGGCUGGCUGCUGAAAGAGGGGGGCAGAGUGAAAACGUGGAAGAGGAGGUGGUUUAUAUUAACAGACAGCUGCCUGUACUACUUUCAGUACACCACAGACAAGGAGCCUAUAGGGAUCAUCCCCCUGGAGAACCUGUGUGUGAGGGAAGUGGACGACCCACAUAAACAGUUCUGCCUGGAGCUCUUUAAUCCUAAAGGGCAGAAGAUAAAGGCGUGUAAGACUGAUCCGGAUGGCAGGGUGGUGGUGGGGAAACAUCAGUCAUACAAGAUCAGUGCCGCUUCUGCUGAGGAGCGCAGCGACUGGGUCGAAGCCAUCAGAGCGUGCAUCACCAAAGACCCCUUCUACGACAUGGUGUCUGCACGGAAGAGGAAAGUCAUCAGCAACAGCAACGCAGUGCCUCACCAAUGAGCUUCAAUAAGUGCUUAUGUGUACAAGUUGUAACCAGUAAUGGGUACCUGGUGCAGGUUCAGGUUAUAUAAAUCAGUUUGUUUACCCUAAUUUCCAAUCCUUCAGUAGUUGGGUGACCAGACAUUCCACAGCCCAGUACAGGACAGAGAAGUCCCGUAUCAAUAUAAAUAUGAAUAUAACUGUGGCAGCUUAUUGACCACCGUUAUAAAUUUGACAGCUUAAGUCUGGAUCAGAGAACUUUAGAGCAUAAACCUUUUAGACAAGCAGCUACAGAAAACUCUAACACAAUGCCUGCUUUCCAGGGCAUUUGAUUGGCUAUUCUCUCGUUUUGCGUGGCGUAACCCUGUAUAGUUGCUGCCAUUUUAAGGACCGAAUCAGGGAGUGACUGCGCUGCACAAUGCCUUCAAUUUGCAGUGCUUUGUGAAUGAUUCACCUGGAAGACAGAAGCCGAGAGACGAGAGACACACAGACCUUUAAUUCAGUGUUUUCACUCCAGGCUUGGAGCCGCUGCACUGUACAGUUUAGUGUCUCUCUCUGCUGUUCACACCUCGUUCAGCUCAAGAAGGGGUUAAAUAGCUGAUUAUAUCAGGUAUUUUAACCAGGAAACCACAGUUAUGCAGUGCAGGGGUUUCAGGACUGGAGCUGAACUCUGAACUAACUGCACUAGCAAACUUACAGAAUCACGUCUGUCGAAACACGACGUCGUUUUCUGACCCACGACAUUCAGUCUGAUAUUUAAUGCUUAUGAUUCUCCAUUCAAACGUCAUUUAAAUCUCCAGAAACAGAGAGUAAAGUUAUACCGGCUGUCUGCAGCUCCGUUAGGGGGGGCGACUCUUCAUCUCUCGGCUGUUAACAUCAGCUAAAGUUCUCUAAAGGCCAGCAUUGAUCUCAUCUGUGUUAGUUAGCUGAUGUCGUUCCUCCUAUGAUGAGUUGUUCUUCUCUUUAUGCAACACCAUGAGAUCCUUUACCCACCCUGACGUGAAGAGCCGGUGGGCUUCUGAUCUUGAUCUGACUGUUGAGUUGACCUUUACUUCACAUGUGCACAUGUGAAACAGUCAAGACACUUAAAAUGAAGCAGAAAGACAGGAUGCCUGGUCACCCCAUAAAUCAGAGUCCAGUACAGUUCCAUCAACACCACCAAAUACUACCAUGCAAAUGACAUGAUGCUAAUUUGUGGUUCCAAACUUCCAUGAUUUCACGGUUAGCCACAUUAGCAUGCCUGUAUUAGCACUAGCUACACAAUUAAAAUGUCAAACAAGGUUAGCUUAACUUUCUUUUAGGGGAUCAAGUUGUGGUCUAGCACAGUGGCUGCGCUUCUCACCCGCUUUUUCACUUCCCAUACGCUACUAAGGCUACGGGUGGCCUUUCUGGGGCUUUGCAAGGUUUGCUUUGUGUAGUCAUCUGCGGAGGUGUGAGAAACGAUUUUCAUAUUUAAUUGUAGUGUUCCAAGAAAUGGUGCCCUAAAGCAGAGCACUGAAUUUCACUUCCACUGCGGUUGCUGUAUAUAAGCAUCAACUAAGCAGUUCACUUGCAAUAGCGAGGCUAAAGAGGAAGCUGCUGUUUGUUAAAGCAAGCAUACAGCAGCUGAGUGCUAGAGGAGAGGUUCCUUGGGCCUUUUUCUGGACUCUCAUCAAUCUUAAUCCAAAACUAGAACAUGAAAUGCUUUUAGAAUGCCUUCACUUUACCAUAUAAUGUGACUCGAUGUUAGAAUCCUUUCCUGAUGUGUUGUUUUUUUCAUCUUAGUAUGAGCAUUUUGUAUCAUAUGUAAGUGUAGUUUUCUUUUAUCUUAGUAUAUCAAUCAUUUUUCCAAGUGAUUUUAUAAUGUACAAAUAUACUAGCAAUGUAAUUUAGUCUUCUUCAGUGCCAAUAAGCUUUAAAGAUUUAGUAAAACAUUCUGUAUAUUGUAAAUGAUUUAUUUAUUAAAUGUUAAAUCUUAAACUUUGAGUGUUUCUUUGGUGCUGUGUACAGAAAAAAAUAUAAACUAAUACAUUAGAGACACUUAUGAACCAUCAUGAAAGCGCUGACAACAGUGUGUCUGAUGUAAAACUCAUCUCUUUAUUCAAUUUGAAGAAACUGAGCUAAGCUACAUCUGUUACUUUGUCAAUACUGGCUUUAAAGUAGGCCUUUGCCUGCAGUGCCACAUAUGACCAGCAGAGGGCAAUAUAUCUCCAUCGAUGCGGAGCUCCAGUGCUGAUGGUGAACAGGCCACAACAUUAAAAUCACUUCCUUGUUUCUACACUCACUGUCCACUUCACCAGCUCCACUGACCAUAUAGGAGCACUUUGUAGUUCUACAGUCACAGA